UUGAUUCAGUUGUUGUUACAUUUCUCUAGCUAAGAAUCAUGGCGUUGUCAUUUGAGCACCUUCACCGUAAUCUCUUCUAUUUGAUUAGUCUUCUUCCGCUCCUUGCUCUUUCACUCCUCCAUCCAGUUACUGCUAAUCCGUCCGCAAAGUCAUACAUUGUGUAUAUGGGAAGAAGCACCAAGGAACAAGGAGAUAUUGAAGAUGCCAAACUAUCUCAUCUGACACUGUUAUCCUCAGUCAUUCCAAGCGAAGCGAAAGAAAGAUUGUUUCUCAAACACAUAUACCAUCAUUCGUUUAAAGGGUUCUCAGCUAUGCUUACUGAAGAUGAAGCUUCAUUACUAUCUGAGAGCGAUGAGAUUUUGUCCAUAUUCCCUGAUACGGAGCUCGAUCUUCACACGACACGUUCAUGGGAUUUCCUGGAGAGUAGCUCAGGCAUGGCGAGGAUCCAGCGUCUAUAUCCAAACGGUUCUAACGAUGUCAUCAUUGGAGUCAUAGACUCAGGAAUUUGGCCGGAAUCUCCGAGUUUCGGUGACGAUGGUUUCAGCGAGAUCCCUUCAAGAUGGAAAGGGACUUGCAUGGAAGGCAGUGAUUUCAAAAAGUCUGACUGUAACAGAAAAUUAAUAGGUGCAAGAUACUAUGACCUCACCGAGUCAAGCAGCAAUGACACAAGUACAUCAAAGCCAAUAGGUUCGCCGAGGGAUGAAACAGGUCACGGGACUCAUGUGACAUCUAUAGCCGUAGGUAAUCUGGUACCCAACGCUAACGACCAGGGGCUUGCGAGAGGAUUAGCAAAAGGCGGUUUUACAUCAAGCAGAUUUGCAGUCUAUAAAGUUUGUAACAGUGUUAGUUGUUCUGCUUCUGCGUCACUGAAAGCUAUUGACGAUGCAAUUCAAGAUGGAGUUGAUAUCAUAUCAAUCUCAUUAGGAUUGUCAAUCCAAAACUCGACGUUUUUAGAUGAUCCAAUUGCCUUAGGGUCCUUGCAUGCUGUUCAAGCAGGGAUUUUGGUAAUUGCUGCUGCGGGGAAUAGUGGGCCGACUCCAUCUUGGAUACAGGAAUGCAACUGCAACAAUCCUUCGAUCUGUAGAUAUACCAAAGUUUGAACCUGCGCCGGUUGUUGCCGAUAUGUCAUCUCGAGGCCCUGGAUAACUAACAGAAGGCAUUCUCAAGGUUUCCACUAUGGCUUUUACAAACUAACAAGAAAUGUGAAUCAUGAAACGUAUAAGCAUGAAGUAAUUACAGGAUCUUAUUUGGUAAAGUUUUGUGUUAAUCAGCCAGACUUAGCAGCUCCUGGUGUUGGCAUAUUGGCCUACCAAUUCUUCAGAAGAUCUCAUCUCUGAUAUCAACUUUCCAUCUAUCUCCAUUGGCAAGCUUCAAGGUGCUCGGACAAUAACACGAACAGUUACAAAUGUUGGUCAUCCAAGUUCAACUUACAAUGUGAAAAUAGAUUCGCCUGAUGAUUUGGUAGUUCGUGUUUCACCAGAGACGCUUGUAUUUUCCCCUGAGCAUAGAAAAGCUUCUUUCGAGGUCUCAUUCGACGGGAAAGGGGCAACAACAAAAGGGUACAAAUUUGGGUCAGUGAAUUGGUCAGAUGGGAAGCAUUGGGUCCGACUGGUAUUCGCUGUGAAUGUCAUAUAGCGGGGCACAUGAGAGAGCUGCUGUUGCUGUUAUUUCUUUUGGCCUCCGUUUGGAUUUCUUAUAGAGCAUUGUAAAAAAAAUCGGUUUGUUUUGCAAAAGGAGAUCGGACAACUUUGUCUGAUAAACUACU